GCCAGUGCCUAUGUCAAUCACAGCUUUUAUCCCGCCCCCGCCCCACUCCUGUAGAAGCAACGGGGAGCGGGAUUCAGUCGGUGGGUUAGGUUGCGCUGAGACUUCUGAGUGCACAUGCGCACGAGGGAGGCCCGGGGGCCCGAGCCCGCCUAUCACGUGACCGCGCCGGCCGGCCUUCGGGCGGCAUGGUCUCGUGCGGCGCGUGCGCAGUGGGGGCGGGCGCUGAAAUUCAAAAUCCGAAGAGCGGUUUGGGGUGGUGGUUUAGCCACUCCCGGAGCCGCGCGGGAAGGGACGGAGCGGGGGGCCGCCGGCCGCAGCAAUGGACCCCUUCACCGAGAAACUUCUUGAACGAACCCGUGCCAGGCGAGAGAACUUGCAGAAGAAAAUGGCUGAGCGACCCACAGCAGGAAUGAGGCCCACGAUGCAGACAAAGAGAACUAGAGAACCUUUGUCAGAAACUAGUAACCAGUCACCUUUGCCCGGUGAAGAAGUGAAACCUAGUACAAAGCCAUCCCCAUCAAAAAGGCUGUGUUCUGACGGAAUGGAGGUUCCUGUUUCUAGCGCCGAGAAUAGACAGCCAGUUAAUUCAACUUCCAUGAAACCCCUUCCUCCUGAGAUGACUGCACAGCCACAAGCGAGGGCACAGCCACAAGCAACUGCAAAUAACAGGGCUCUCUCAGUUCAGCCUGUUCCACUGCUUGUUGAGAAGGAAGAACAGAACUUGAAAUCUGAAGUACCUGUAGCCCUUACAGUCAAAACACGUAUGCAGAAACUGGCACAACAGCGACGUUGCUGGGAUGAUAAUGAUUCAUCUGAAAUUUCUCCCCUAUCUCCCCUCCUAUUAAAAGAACAGGCCGUUUCCCCACCCAAACAGCCAUCUCUCACAAGUGAUACCCCAGUGGGGAGAAAAGGCCGUUUAGCUAACCUUGCUGCUACAAUUGGUUCCUGGGAAAAUGAUCUAAGUCAUCCAUCUGCAAAGCAAAACAAUACACAAGAACAGCCUGGCACUACUUGUUUAUCCAAAUUGUCCACUACAAGUGAAGCAUCUGCUCGAAUCAAUAGUGGCAGUGUAAAGCAGGAAGCUGCAUCCUGUUCUCAAAGGGCUGUUGAGGAAUCUGUAAAUAAACCAGCAACCUCUAAGAUAUCGGGACCAAGUUACUUAGGAAAAGCCUGUAGAGUAACCAAUCCCAAUCCUAAGGAACCUGAGGUACCACAACUAUUAAAAAAGCCGUGCAGUCCCCAAAAAACAGAGGAACUUAAGCCAACGGUAAAACCAAUCUUAUCCCAGCCAGUUCAGUCCAAAGAAGAGCCAAUCAAAAGAACACAUGUGCAACCUGAACAUAAGGAUAAGCCUACGACACCAGGGGGAUCAGGAAUCAAACCCUUUCUGGAACGUUUUGGAGAUCGCUUUCAAGAGCAUAGCACUCAAAGUCCUGCUACAAGUACUACUGGAUACAGAACACCCAUUGUUACCCCAAACACAAAGACAAUCCAGGAAAGACUUUUCAAACAGAAUGAAACAUCCUCCACUGCCAGUCUAGCACAACAGCUCAAGCAGGAACGUGAAAAAGAACUUGCUUGUAUUCGUGGUCGGUUUGACAAGGGCAGUCUGUGGAGUGCUGAGAGAGGUGAAAAUUCAAAAAGCAAACAUCCAGAAACUAAAAUGGAAAGCCAAGCUCAAGCUAAUUCAAAACAGCUCGCUAGUUCAGAUGCUACUUCGCUUGUAGCAGCAGAAAAGACCACAGCAUCUGAGAUGUCAGAAAAAUCUCUCCCCUCAGAAUCUUCAGACACUUCAAAACGUGAAGAGACUGAAAAACUCAGUCCUCUGAAAACCACAUUGCUAAAGAAUCCACUAAAAGUAGUAUCUGUCUCAAAGCUUGAGCAACUUACAGAGAAAGAGAAUGAUGCAGUAUGUGAAAUUGAGAUGAGUGUGAAUGAUGAAAUGAAUAGCUCAAAGGUAAUAAAUGACAUCUUUGAUGAAGUUCUUCAAGAGGAUGGACCAGACAUAGAAAAACUAAAAAAAGAAAUGAGUAUGAACUUGGAAGCUGAGAGUGAUGAUGAGCAGGAAGAGUCACUGAAUAUUUCAUCAAUGUCUCUGCUAACUCCGUUAGCAGAGUCUGUUGGUGUUGUAAGUCCAGAGGUUUUUGUUUCCCCUAAUAGAUCAGUUGCUGAAAGCAGCAGUAUAAGUGACGAAAGUCCAAAGUCUGGUAAAUUCCAAAAGAUGCGCGUCCCUAGAGCAGAAUCUGGAGACAGUAUUGGCUCCUUGUCAGAAGAUCACAACCUUCUAUAUAGCAUUGAUGCUUAUCGAUCUCAAAGAUUUAAAGAAACAGAUCGUCCUUCAAUAAAGCAAGUGAUUGUUCGCAAAGAAAAUGUUGCUUCAAAACUAGAAGUAAAAAGGAAUGGAACUUCUGAUCAAGUUAAUAUUAAACAGAAAAUGCAGGAGCUGAAUAAUGAGAUCAGUUUGCAGCAGACUGUGAUUCAUCAGGCCAGCCAAGCUCUGAACUGCUGUAUUGAUGAGGAACAUGGAAAGGGGUCACAGGAAGAAGCUGAAGCAGAGAGACUUCUCCUUCUUGCAACUGAAAAGAGAAAAGCUUUGCUUGAAGAGCUCAACAAAUUGAAGAACGAAGGACCUCAGGGCAAAAAAAAUAAAGCUGCUUCUACAUCCCGUGAAUUUGCUCCAUCUAGGGGAUCUGUUACUCUUUCAGAAAUGCGACUACUUCUGAAAGCAGACUUUGUCUGCAGUACAGUUCAAAAACCAGAAGCAACUAACUACUACUACAUAAUAUUGUUGAGAUCGGGAGCAGAAAACAUGGUAGCAACUCCUGUAUCAAGCACUGCAAAUUGCCUAAAUGGAGAUGCUCUUACUUUUACUACAACGUUUACUCUGCAAGAUGUGUCCAAUGACUUUGAAAUAAAUGUUGAAGUUUACCAUUUGGUAUGUACUUGUCUUUUUAUUAAAAGGCCACUUGGGGGAGCCAGGCACUCUCCAUUUCUCAAAUGCUUUCUUGUCUUACAGGUACAGAGGAAAGAAGGCACAGGCACUACUGAUAAGAGGAAAAAGGCAACUAAGUCAAAGGUUAUUACUCCAAAGAGAUUAUUGACAUCUAUUACUACUAAAAGCACCCUUCUUACACCAGUGAUGGCCAGUCCAGGUGGCCCCAAUGCUGUGCGCACUAGUAACUUUGUACUUGUUGGAUCUCACAAGGUUUCACUGUCCUCAAUAGGGAACUCCAAAUUUACUUUGGACAAGGUUCCCUUUUUGUCUCCUUUGGAAGGCCACAUACAUCUAAAACUAAAAUGUCAAGUAGACUCCUGUGUGGAGGAAAAGGGAUUUUUGACAAUGUUUGAAGAUGUUAGUGGAUUUGGGGCUUGGCAUCGGCGCUGGUGUGUGCUCUCUGGCAACUGCAUCUCUUAUUGGACAUAUCCAGAUGAUGAAAAGCGAAAGCAUCCUAUGGGCCGGAUAAACUUGGCAAACUGCACUAAUCGUCGGAUUGAACCAGCCAACAGAGAGUUCUGUGCCCGACCCAACACUUUUGAGCUAAUCACUGUCCGACCUCAGAGGGAAGAUGAUAGAGAGACUCUGGUCAGCCAAUGUAAAGACACUCUCUGUGUUACCAAGAACUGGUUAUCUGCUGAUACUAAAGAAGAGCGUAACCUUUGGAUGCAAAAACUCAACCAAGUUCUUGUUGACCUUCGUAUGUGGCAGCCUGAUGCAUGCUAUAAACCUAUUGGAAAGCCUUGAAACUAAAAGGAAAAUUGCCAUGAGAUUUUAUGUACAAGAAAACAAACAGAAAUUAUAUUAUAAUCCUUUUAUAUGUAGGAUUGUCUAAGGUCCUCUGGGUUACUUAUUAUACUUUAUGCUUUAAAUCUGGAAGAGCAUGUGCCAUUCAUUAUACAGGACUAUAUUAUGCAGUAUUUGUAUUUCUCUUAGAAUUUUAACUGAUCUUUUUUUUCCUAACAUUUAUGAGUGUGACAGGAAGCAAUUAAGUUCUUUGAAUGUGCUAAAUAUAAACCUCCACUUCUUGGAAAUCUAUACAGCUUAGUAUGUUCUCUUAAAAUAUCAGUUUAUUCUGAAACAGCUAAAUCAGGACUUAGGUUUAUCACAGGAAAUCAGAAAUUUCUUGUAAAACACAAGUGUACUAGUUAACUGUAUUUUCCUUAAGGGAACAGUGACUCCUCAGAGUACACGCAGUUUACUAGGUAGAGUGCUGAAGCAGGAAGGAACUUCAAUGCUUUGAAGUUUUUAGUAGUUUUUCCUUAGGCAUAAAAGUUGCCAGUUUUGUGCACUUUACAGCACGCAGUAUAAACUUUCACUUGUGGAAACUACUUGUGAGCAGAACAAAAAAUGUACAGAUACAUCCAUAACUAUUUGUUUCUUACAUUCUUAAUCUUGUCUGCCAUUUCUUAUACAAACCAGUUUAUGGACAAGUGCAUGGCACACACUAUGUGGUUUACAGGAGUUGAAUUAUGUAUGCAGUAUGUUGCACAUUUUCAUAGAAAUAAAAUGUCUUGAAUAUUUUACUAGGGUUUUUAUAAAUUUAGUUUCAAACUGCCCAAAUGUGUGGUUCUGGAAUCUCAUGAUUUGUACAGACUAUAAUUCUCACUAUUCCGCAUUUGAGCACCAGGAAAAUAUAUUGUAAAAUUGUUUUU